ACCACUGAAGAGUUUAAUGAAAUCAUGAAUGGAUUCUUCCAUGCUGAAGCUGAUAACUCAACUGAAGAAGAUGUUGAUGAAGGAGAUGAUUUUAAUGAAGAUGUUGACGAUCUUGAAUCUAAUGAAAUUGAAGAAGGCGAUGAUGAUCUGAAACUCAGAGCUGUCGACUGGCGUAAAAGGGGUUUGGUUACUCAAAUGAAAAGUCAGGUGGGGCCCUGUGGCUCUUGCUGGGCUUUCAGCAUGACUGGUGCCAUUGAAGGACAAUGGGCAAAGGUCUGUGGAAGACUGAUUUCUCUGAGUGAGCAGAACUUGCUUGAUUGUGACACAACGAGCCAUGGAUGCAGAGGUGAAUAUCAAAAGUCGCAAGGAUCCUGCAAGUUUCAGAAAAAUAAUAUUGUUGCCAAAGUCGCCAGAUACAGAAACAUACAAAGAGGAGAACGUUGUUUAGCGAGGGCUUCGAGAAGAAUUGGACCAAUCGCUGUUUCGCUUAAUGCUCGUCCAAAGACCUUCCACUUCUAUAAACAAGGAGUUUACGCUGAUCCAAGUUGCACCCAACGCCGUGGCCAUGCAGUGCUCUUGGUUGGAUAUGGAAGGGAGCGUAGAAUGAACUAUUGGCUGGUUAAGAACAGUUGGGGGACAGAAUGGGGUGAAGAAGGUUACAUCAAAAUCGCUAAGGAUAAGGGAAAUCUGUGUGGAAUUGCCAACUAUGCAGUCUAUCCAACAGUGAAAAGGAGAAUGUGUAAAAUCGCAGUUUCUUCUGAAUCAGCCUGAAAGAAAGAGGGAACCAUUUCUGCUGAUGUUGACUCAUUCGAUGCCAUUACUUUAGCUGCCUGCUGCAAUUUGAAAAGUGGGAUAAUAUCAGCUUCUGCACAUUUCUAUAGCUUCACAUAAAAGGUUAAUAUCAUUCUGCGUUUGAUGCAUGUAACCACAGUAAUAUCUGAGUGACUACAUUCUCCAGCUUGUGGAGAGACAAUAUCCUGCAUGUACAGCUGCUGCUGAGCGAUAUCUUAAAUACUGCCAGCAAUCA